ACCAAAAUGAGUGCAAAAAAGUCUCCUGAAGAACUGAAGAGCAUUUUUGCAAAAUACGCAGCCAAAGAAGGUGAUCCAGACCAGCUGUCGAAGGAGGAGUUGAAGCUAUUGAUUCAGACUGAAUUCCCCAGUUUGCUGAAAGGCCCCAGCACCCUAGAUGACCUGUUUCAAGAACUGGACAAGAAUGGAGAUGGAGAAGUUAGUUUUGAAGAAUUCCAGGUGUUAGUCAAGAAGAUAUCCCAGUGAAGGAAAAAAAAAACAAGACAAUGUAUCAUUCCAAAAGAAGAGCGCCUGGGAUGUGGCCCUAUUCUAUAUGGAA